AUGACUGAACAAAAUAUCAAUAUCAAUUCUAUUAUGGCAAAAGAUAUCGAAAAGGCAUUGCUUGGAAUCUUAAAUUCAGCAAUUCGUCGAAAAUUUAAAACUGAUAGCAAAUUCGUUAAAGAUCAUCUUAGUUAUGUAACUAGAUUACAGUCGGCAAAAGAACCAGAAAAGUAUAUUCGAUAUAAAGCAAGGCAACUCAUGCCAGACGAGGCAUCAUACAAUAGAAGAAUUGAGUAUAUUCAUGAUCACUAUUCAGGAGAAUUAUGUGAAAGACUUGAAAAAUUACAUAAGCUUUAUUACGAGUUAGCUCAGGAGGAAGAAAAAUAUGAAAUUUCUGAGAUAGAUGCAAGCGAAAUUGUUAAGGGUCUUCUCAAAUUGUCUAUCGAAUAA